AGGCUGAUGUCUGCUGUGCUAUUCAUAUGAGUAGUCAGUAUUGCAUGUAUCUGUAGCUGUGGAAGAGUGUUAAAUGAAUAUUAAUGAGAUGCCCAGUUUUGGCUCCCUCCCCAGCCCCCUCCACUGCUUGCACUACUUCCUGGCUGGGCCCUGAACCCCAGAAGCAUGAGUGAGAGAACGGCACUAGGGGCCACCAUGGAGACCAUGACCCUGGAGGAGCCCGGGGGUGAACAAGUCUCUCCCCGGGCCCCAGGGCCCGUCCGCUGUGGCCCCUGUGCGGUGUGGCCCCGCCAGCAGACCUGGCUUUGCGUUGUGCCCCUACUGAUGGGCUUUGUGGGCCUAGGCCUCAGCCUGAUGCUUCUAAAAUGGAUUGUGGUGGGCUCAGUGCAGGAUUACGUUCCGACUGACCUGGUGGACGCCAAUCGCAUCGGACAGGACCCCAUUUUCCUAUCUAAACCCAGUGCCCUGCCCAAGGGUUCUGAUGGCUCCACGUCUACCACUUCCGCCCCGCCCUCAGCGGCUCCGGGUUCAGCAACCCGAGCAGCUGAGGGUACAGGUACAGUGCAAAGGACUCGAAUUGGGCAGUCCUCAAACCACACGGCCAGUAGCAGCAGCAGCAGUGGAGGAAGUGGAGGGGCCUUAGGGGGAGGCUCGGGAAACAGAGCUCCACACCUGCAUAACAGAGUGGGAACGCGACUGACCAACAACACCACCGCCACCCGAGCCACCAAUCCUGCCCCACCAGGAGGAAAGGAGGUGACCCCACGCAGCACCACUGUCCGAAAACCCAACGGGGAGGGUGGGAGCCGAAAGGCAUCUCCUUCUGGACGGGCUGGGCCACCGAGUACGAGCACGACGACAACUACGAUAAUGACGAACACAACCACCACCCAAGCGGCCCAAGCGGCCCAACCGACCUCCACCCUCGCGUCCCCCUCCAAGCCCGGUCAACGCUGGAACCAUGGGCGCUCCUCUAAGGGCCCUUCAACAAAGCCUACUCGCCCACACCAUCGCUUCAGGACGCCCACAUUAUUUGUUGCCCCCACAACCUCUACCGUACGUUCGGAGUUCUUCAAGCCAUGCCAAGACAGUCAGGAGAUGGCCUUCUGUUUGAAUGAGGGAGAGUGCUUCAUCAUCGAAACAGUGGCAGGUGUACUGCAGGACUGCAGGUGUAAAGAGGGUUACCGUGGACUUCGUUGUGACCAGUUUGUCCCGAAGACAGACUCCAUCUUAUCUGACCCAACAGCAGAUGAGCUGGGCAUUGAGUUUAUGGAGAGUGCAGAAACCUAUCAGAGACAGAUAUUGUCCAUCUUCAGCAUAGCCAUGGGGAUCAGCCUGCUGGGAGUGGCUUGCAUGGCUCUUUACUGCAAAAACAAGAGACAAAGAGAGAAGCAUCGAGCCCAUCUGACCGAAAUUCGCAACUUGAGGGACAGUACCGUCAACGCCUCGGGUAUCAUGUCUAAAUCCAGCCUCAAACUCGAGAGCACCCUCCAGCUUCAGAAGAGCAGAAGAGCCCAUGGUUUCUCCUCUCCGCAGGCAGACAGCAUCGUUCUCAGCAGCUCUAAAGUUUCCCUACCAAAUCAUAUUCGCAGUCUCUCGAUGGGGAAGCGCUGCAGAAGCUGCUCGUUCUCCUCAAGCCCUGCCCUAAAACACAAGGUAACCAAUUAUCGAGCCGUCUCAAAGUGGACACCACAAAUCUCUAGAGCAGGCCAUCAUCUCAGUGGAGAAUCUCGAGAUUCUCUUCAGUCCUAUAAACAUCUCCAGGAAGUGGAGGUGAAUGAGGUGAUGCCACAAUCUUUGAGAAGAUGCCAGUCUCACUCAGACAGCAAUCAACAAAGCCGUUGCAACCUGAAUAUGCAAAUUAUGCUCUCCGCCCAUUCCAAAGGAAAGAUGGGGUAUACUGACGUUCCGUGCACUCGUCUUGACCAGGGAACGACCUUUCCUCCCCCUUCUUUCCGAGCCCACUCCGUACCCAUUAUCCCCUCCGUUCAGGGACCUGAUUUUGGGGAGGGGGGCAGGAACAAGCUUCAUAACGGGGUUAGGGGUUCUUCCAGCUACAACCUAAUCAAUCCUGAGUCUGAGGCGGAGUCAAUGGCAAAUUCCAGCCGAUCACUUGCCAGCUCCUCUGUGGCGGUGCAGGAUCCACAGACACUCACCUGCUCCGAGUCUGCACUGAUGUCAAGAGGCCAAAUCAAACACAAAAGCCUUGUUACCUACACAACAGCCUUGGGAUCAGGCACAAGUUCCAGAAGAGCAAAGACUGUCAUUUCUAUGACCGUACUGGGAUCAGGGCCAAAAACCACGCAGUACGCCGCCAGCCUGCUGUCUAAGGCUUCCAGAGGACAGGAGGGACGCUCUGCUUUCGGGGAAGGACAGCAGGAUGAUGGUUUACAAACCCCAUUUGUGGGGGGCGAAAAAGACAGCUCUUUUUCUGACGGGGUUAGAGGUGUGGCCUGCCUCACAUAUCCCAAAAGCUGAUUGGAUAAACACAAAGAUUGCUUUGGAAACUCCACGUCGGUGUGGAUGGGGCUGGAAUGUCCCCGCUAGUGCAAGACACUUACUUUUGGAACUAUUUUACUGCAUUGUGAAGUACAACUACUGACAACCCAAUUUAAAACUCUGACUUCCUGAUGACACAAUGUGAAUAGAUGCGAGAGAACAAAGACUUUGGUGGGAUGUUGAUCUAAAGAGGUAUUGGAGAGGAUUUAUAUGCCAAUAUUUAACAAAAAGCUUCAAUUUAGAAACCAAAUAGUGUGUCAUCUCAAUGUUGUUUCUCUACUGUAAAGAAAAAAAUAUAUAAUAGAUGUCAAAACUAUAUGUAUGUCAUAUAUUCCAUGUAUAUGACAUACCGAGUGACGAAAAUAAAGAUGCAAAACAUGGUAAUGCAGAAGCUUUUUUUCCAAUAACUGCUGUUCUAUAAUCUCAGCCCAGCUCUGUAUUUUUGUCUGUUUUGCUUGAGGUCUUGAGAAGAAAAACGGUUUCUGAAUAAAAUCUGAA